UCCGCCCUAGCGAUCUGCGGUGUUGUAAGUUCGUUAGAGAAGUAAAUAUCAGUUAUUUUCACCAGGUUAUGAACUCGUAUGGCUAACUCAUGAUGUUAGAUUGAUGUUAUGGAACCCGAUAAAGCUUUUACAGGUUGUAAUAAAGUAUUCUAACUCGUAAUCGCCUUUGUAUCGAAGAUAGCAGAAAAAAUAUGGACCAGCGGCCAUUUUGACGUCCUUGCUUGCUAAGCAAAACGUGUAAAAACUUUCGUCGUGUGGAAAGAAUCCAUUGUGACAAUGGCAGUUGUGCAUUACAAAUUCAAGAACAGUGUGGAGUAUGACUCGCUCACGUUUGAUGGUUUGUCAAUAUCCCUCCGGGAUUUGAAGCAGGGAAUAAUGAAGAAGAAAAAAAUGAGGACAGAGGACAAUGAUCUCCAGGUGGUCAACGCACAAACAGGAGAAGUGUACAGCUCACCCAGCCUUAUGAUUCCAAAGAACACAUCACUUAUCAUAGCACGAAUCCCUGUUGGAGGUGGAAAGAAAACAAAAGAUGAUACAGCACAAAAUAAAGCAAUGAAAUGGGCAGCGUUCAGGGAGAAGACCCAGGCAGCUAUAAGUGCUGCAGAAACUGGAGGAUUUAAUACGGAAAAACUUAAACAGUCUUCAGAUCUUGUUAAUGCCCAGUCCUCAGAGAUCGAGAAAAUUGCUGAGAUGAUGAAACAAUCGACAAAAGAUUUUGAUCCCUCUAACUAUACAUACAAGUUCCCAACUGGUGUCCCAAACCCUUCAUAUAUUUGUCGUAAAUGUGGUAAAGGUGGACACUAUAUACAGAAUUGUACCAAUGAGCCACUGGAGGGAUCGGACAGCCCAUCUGAUGUUCCCCGAAUGAAGAGGCCUACAGGGAUUCCAGUAGACAGUAUGGUGUUUGUAGAUGAGCCGUUACCAGGAACAUACGUAACUCAUUCUGGAAAAUAUGCAGUGCCAAAAAUUGAUGUUGCAGCAUAUGCGGAAGGGAAGAAGGAGCGGCCCCCAUUCCUACCAGAAGUGGAGAAGAAGCAUGUGGUACUGAAGAAGCCUAUACCAAAGGAACUGAAAUGUCCUCUGUGUGGGGAUCUGGCCAAAGACGCUGUGGUCAUUCCCUGCUGUGGGAUCAGCUACUGUGAUGAAUGUAUUCGUAAUAAGCUGUUAGAAACAGAGGAUCAUGUCUGCCCUUCUUGUGACAGUAUGGAUGUAGCACCUGAUGGACUGAUAGCCAAUCAGAUGCUGCGAAGGGCUGUAACUAAUUUCCAGAAUGAGACAGGAUAUGUCAAGAGAGUUAUUGACAUCAAACAAGCACAGGCGAAGGCGGCAGAAGCAGCGAAAGCUGCAGCUGCUGCAUCACAAGUGCUAAAGAUGCAGGCUGGAGCAGUUAUCCCUCGUGGUCCGUCUGUAUUGGAUUAUAAACCACCAGCUAAGCCGGCAACGCCACCAGCACCUCAGCCAGUGGCAUCAUCUGCCAAAUCGCUGCCCCCACCAAAUGUCUCAUCUUCCUCACAGGAUCAGUUGAAAAUGAAUAUUACCCCUCAAAAGACGUAUAUACCACCAUCGGUUGCUCAGGAGCCGCCGACUCCUACGCAGGAUGAACCCAUGCGAUCUAGUAGCUAUACUCAGCCGCAUGUGAACAGUUCAGCAAAUCAAAGCAUAUCUGUGGGGGAACCACUACAGACAUUGGUGGGUCAAACAUUACAGCCUGUAAAUAGAAAUCAGAGGAGACCAGCAACUACAGGGAACUUUGACCCAUAUUACAAGCCAUCUAUCACAAGUACGUCUGUACCUCCGCCUACAGUGCCUCCAUAUCCACCCCCUACAGCGUUCCCGCCCCCUGGCAUACCUCCACCAUAUGUGGCGCCACCUGUCUUGCCAUUAGUGAGACCACCCAUUGUGCCCCCUGUGGUACCACCAGUAUACCCUGCUGCUCUGCCUCCAGGCCCAGCAGUCCCAGCACCCCCACUCAACAUGCCAAAACCUCUGUCUAAAACAGAAUUCCUAGAGGAAAAGAACCGUAUUUUAAGGGAGGAACUAGAGAGGAAGGAUAAAGACCCCCUACUAGAAUUUGCCAAGAAAUUGGAGCAGCGCAAAGAACGAACCUUCAAAUCACGCUCCAGAUCCAGAUCUCCAAGACAUAGAUCUAGGUCAUUGUCAAGGCCUAGGUACCGUUCUCGAUCAAGAGGAAGGAGCUUUUCAAGGUCACCUCGUAGGUCAUUCACACCUAGAAGAUCAUCACUAUCUCCCAGAAGAUCCUAUUCACCGAGGAGAUAUUCCCCAAGAAGGUCAAGGUCACCCAGAUACUCUCCAAGAAGAUACUACUCUCCUAGACGAUCACCAAGAAGAUCCUUAUCUCCAAGACCUAGAUAUAGGUCAUAUUCGAGGUCACCCGUUAGGAGACGGUCUUUCACACGGUCAAGGUCGAGAGAUAGAAGGUCCCCAUUUAGACGCUCGCUUUCUAGAAGUCCUCUUGGUAGGCGCUCACCAUUUAGAAGAUCAUACUCAAGGGGAAGAUACACUCCACCAAGAAGGUCAUUAUCACCAUACAGAAGGUCACCGCUUAGAAGGUCAAGGUCUAGAGGUCGCAGCCCUAUAGACCAGUACCGUAGAUCACCUAUGAGAUAUUCACCUAAAAGGAAGAGGUCUUCUCUUAAGAGGUCUCCUAUCAGAAGAUCAAAAUCACCUCUAAAGAGAUCUCCAUUGAGAAGAUCAAAAUCACCCCUAAAGAGAUCUCCUUUGAGAAGAUCAAAGUCACCAUUAAAGAGAUCUCCAUUGAGGAGAUCAAAGUCUCCACUAAAGAGAUCUCCUUUGAGAAGACCAAAAGAAAAACCGUUACCAAGGGCUAAAUCACCAAAACAACAAAGGGAUGCCAAGAAAAAACCAGCACCUAAACAAAAGGAUAAGGACAGUAAUGACACUGAACCAGUUCUUAAUGCCAAUAUGAACAAUAAACAAGUGAAAUCGGCAGAGCCAAACAAAGAAAACAUUCCUGCUAAAGCAAUAAAACCUGUUAACACAAGAUCAAAUAACAUUGUUAUAAACAUUGUUGACAGUACCACGACUGAUGAGAAUAGUGAAGUUGAAGGAAAAAGUAUUAAAACUGAUAGCAAUCAAAAUGAAAAUGCUGUGUCAAAUAAAAGUAAUGAUAAAACUGAUAAAUCUGCUAUUGAAUCAAAAGCGAAUAAAAAUCUGGGGGAGAAUGAAAAUAAACAAGUCAAUAAAUCUGAAAAUGAGGCCAAACUUAAAUCUAGGUCGAGAUCUAAAAGUAAAGAAAAGGCUGGGCCUUCCGCAAAACAGAGUAAACCAAGAAAGAAAAGGAGUCCUAAAAGAAAAGAGAAAUCUGUGUCACUGUCCCCAGAAAGGGUUAAAAGUCCCCUAAGAAUGCCUUACAGAGAUAGGUUUGAAGGUGGUAACAGAGAUAGAUUUGAAGGGGGUAGAGGUAGAAUGGAUAGAAUUGAAGGGGGUAGAGAAAGAUUUGAGGUUGGCCGGGGAGGUUAUGGGAGGGAAUGGGAUAGAAGCAGAGAUGCUGAUCCAUAUUUUAGGGGCAGACAGAACGCUGGAUACAGAGGUCGUGAUUUCAGGGGUAGAGGUAGGGGUUCAGAUUUCAGGGGUGGUAUUGGAGACUAUGGAGUGCAGCAGCCUCCAGACUUCAGGAACCAAGAUUACAGGCCACCACCACCACAACAACCAGGAGAUUUUGCUUCUUUUCCACCAUUACCAGAUCCUGCAGCAAUGGCAGGUCCAUACAACAGGAAUUACCCACAGAGAGGUUCUCCAGGAUUUCCUGCAAAUUAUGGACCUAACUUCCCAUAUCCACCACCAAGAGAUCCCAGAGAGGAUCCUAACUGGCAAGGGUUGGUUAGAGAUGAGGAUAUUUUGAAGUUUGAGCAGUAUAAGCAGAUGUAUGAUUUCUAUAGUAACAGUAGAACAUACGGGUUUCCACCAGCCCCCAUCACAAGUACUGUACCCACUGGGCAGACUCCACCACAGGGUCCCCCGCCAGCACCACCAGGCACCACUCCCAUACCCACACCACCUGAACGAGCAGGCUCACCAGGCAGGAGGAGGUCUGUUUCUCCCAGGAGACACAGGAGCCCAACAAGGAGGGAAGGAAAAGACAGAAGAGAUAGAGAGAGAGAUUACAGGGAUAAGAGAAGUCCAGAGAGACGCCGAGAAGAUCGUAGUGAUCGAGAAGACCGCAGUCCAGAUCGCAAACGCGAUUUUACACCUGAAAAGAAACAUACAACUGAUGAAAGUGGCAGAGAUGAAACUAGUCCAGAGAAAAAAUCAAAAGACAAUGAUGAAAGGGAAACUAAAAAAGAAAGGAAGGCAAGAAGAAAGAAAGAAAAAGCAGAAGGAGGGGAGAAGAAGAAGAAAAAGAAGAAAGACAAGGAUAAGACUAAAACUAAGAAAGACAAAGCUGAAAAGAAAGCAAAGAAAUUGAAAUUGGCUGAAAAUUCAGACAAUGAAGAACAGGUGAAUAAAAAAUCAAGAAGGACACAGUCUCAAAAUGAAUCAGAUAGUGAAAAAAGUGAUACUGACACUGAGAACAAAGCAAAAACAAAGACUUCAAGGCAAAAUUCAGCCGCAAGUGAAAUUGAAAUUAAAGCGAAGACGGAGAGUUCCAGACACAAUUCAACAGCACAAUCGGAUUCUUCUGAUCAUGAGAAAGAUGAGGUGAAAAACAGUGAAAGAACUGUGAAAAAAGAAGUAAAAGAUGACGAAAGUGAGGUUAAUAAACCAGGAAGUGUUCAGAAAUCGGAAGGGACAGACUCUGAAAUUGAUGAAAAGAAACAUUCCGCUAAGAACUUAAAACAAGAACCUGAGGAAUCAGAAGUUGAAAAAGAUGUACCUGAAAAGCAGGAGAAGAGACGGUCUAUUAAAAGAGGAAAGCCUGAUGCAGAUGCAGAAGAAGCUACUGAUGCUAAAAAAGCAAAACUGGAAGAGGAUGUUAAAGAAGAAAGUAGGGAAGAAAAGAUGGACACUUCUGGUGGUGUAUCCCCAGCUGGUUCUGAAGGUUUCGAUGAUAUACCCCAUCCGGAAGAUGAGUUGAUGUUAGAUCCACCAGAGCUAUCCAAGUGGGAGAAAUGGGAAAAGGAUGAUGAUCCAUAUGAUCUAAGCCCAGAACCCAGCAAAGCAAGAGAGAAAUGGAAGCCUGGAAAACAGACAUUUUUACCAAGGUCAGUGAUAGAGAAAGCAGAACAUGCUCUCGCCCAGAAGGUGAUGAAGCCUACAACUGUCAGUUCAGCAGUUUCAGUCAUACAGCCAGCUAAGAAAGAAAUGAAGUCAGAAACUAAGGAAGUUGAACCUGUACAUGUUAAAAGGGAGAAAUCUCCAGUAGUUGAACCAAAACGCCGAGUCUUUAUGGAACCAGAGAAGAAAAAAGAUGAAAGGAGAAUAGGAUCUAAGCAACAGCAUAAUGUUAAAAUAACUGUCACUAGUGAUGAAAAAAGGAAAGUUGCCACAGAAAAUGAUCUUAGAAAUAAACUCAGGGAAAAGAGGCGUGAAAGUGAACAUUCUAGAGACUAUGAUAGAUCUAGAGAAAGGGAUCGUGAUAGAAGUCCUGAGAGAGUGAGACGGAAAGAUAGCCAUGGUUUUAAAGACAGAAGAAGCAGUAGAGACUAUGAUAGGCAAGAUAGUAGGGGUGCUAAAGGUGAUUUAGAUAGAGGUAGAGCCGCAGGGAGGUCUAUAUCGCGUAAAGAUUCUGUGAUAGACGAUUCUAGGUUUGUUCCUGAUUAUGAUGAUGAAAGUUAUUCAGAAGAUGAGAAUUCCGAAGACAGUAGUACUGACAGUUCCUCUGAUGAGGAAGUUGUGCAUAAGAAACACAAACAUAAGAAGAACAAGCACAAAAAGGAUAAGAAACAAAAGAAGAAAAAAGAAAAGAAAAAGAAAAAACAUAAAGGAGAGAAGGAAAAGAAAAUGAAAUCUUCUGUUGGGAAAUGAGGAAUUAAUUCAGUGUUUGUUGAAAAGUCAUAAUAUUAAGGUAUUGCAUAAUUAAUUAUGGUUUUGACAGAAGUUAAAGAUGGAAAAUAUUAUGUAAAUAGAUCUAGCGGAAGUGUUUUAUAAAUGAAGACAGUGAAUUAUGUGGGGUCUGUGGUGUUACUUAUGUCUCCCCCAGGAGACAUAUUGUUUUUGCCCUGUCCGUCCGUCCGUACGUCACACUUCAUUUCCGAGCAAUAACUGGAGAACCAUUUGACUUAGAACCUUCAAACUUCAUAGGGUUGUAGGGCUGCUGGAGUAGACGACCCCUAUUGUUUUUGGGGUCACUCCAUCAAAGGUCAAGGUCACAGGGGCCUGAACAUUGAAAACCAUUUCCGAUCAAUAACAACUAGAGAACCACUUGACCCAGAAUGUUGAAACUUCAUAGGAUGAUUGGUCAUGAAAAGUAGAUGACCCCUAUUGAUUUUGGGGUCACUCCGUCAAAGGUCAAGGUCACAGGGGCCUGAACAUUGAAAACCAUUUCCGAUCAAUAACUAGAGAACCACUUGACCCAGAAUGUUGAAACUUCAUAGGAUGAUUGUACAUGCAAAGUAGAUGACCCCUAUCGAUUUUGGGGUCACUCCAUUAAAGGUCAAGGUCACAGGGGCCUGAACAUUGAAAACAUUUUCCGGUCAGUAACUUGAGAACCACUUGACCCAGAAUGUUGAAACUUAAUAGGAUGAUUGAUCAUAAAGAGUAGAUGAACCCUAACGAUUUUGGGGUCACUCUGUGAAAGGUCAAGGUCACAGGGGCCCAAACAUUGAAAACCAUUUCCGGUCAGUAACUUGAGAACCACUUGACCCAGAAUGAUGAAACUUCGUAGGAUUAUUGGUCAUGCAGAGUAGAUGAACCCUAACAAUUUUAGGGUCACUCUGUUAAAGGUCAAGGCCACAGGGGCCUGAACAUGGAAAACCAUUUCCAAUCAAUAACUUGAGAACCUCUCGACCCAGAAUGUUGAAACUUCAUAGUAUAAUUGUUCAUGCAGAGUAAAUGACCCUUAUUGUUUUUGGGGUGACUCCGUUAAAGGUCAAGGUCACAGGGGCCUGAACAUUGAUAACCAGUUCCGAUCAAUAACUUGAGAACCACUUGACCCAGAAUGUUGAAACUUCAUAGGAUGAUUGAACAUGCAGAGUAGAUGACCCCUAUUGAUUUUGGAGUCAGUUUAAUAAAGGUCAAGGUCACAGUGGCCUGUUCAUGUAAAAUCAUUUUUUGGAAAUAACUUGAGAACCACUUGACCUACAAUGUUGAAACUUAAUAGGAUGAUUGGACAUGCAGAGUAGAUGACCCCUAUUUAUUUUGAGGUCACUUGAUCAAAGGUCAAGGUCACAGGAGCCUGGACAGUGACUUGAGAACCACUAGGCCACUAGUGUUGAAAUUUAGCGGGAUGACUGGACAUGCCAAGUAGAUGAUCCCUAUUGCAGCCAACCAUCAGUGUCUCUUUGACUUUUUUGACCCCUAUUAACUUCGUGCCUAUAGGACUUUGCAUUGGGGGAGACAUGCGCUUUUUUACAAAAGCAUUUUCUAGUUCUAUGUAAGUUUGUGAUGGAACAGUUUUUAUAUAGAGACACUGUGCAGAAAAGCAGCAAGACAUUAUGUAGUACAUUAUAUUUUGUUGUCACAAGGACUUUUCUGAGAUGUCCGUUUUAGGAGCCUCUUUACCUGAAAUAAAAGCCCUAGUGAUUUUAUUCAGGCUGAGGGAAAUUUUUCUUAGCACCAAGUAUGAAAGGAUAAUAAUGUUGUUGUUAAGUUUCAGUUUAAGCUAAAAUUUCCAUGCAUUCAUGUAAAUAGUUUGGGUGGGAAGACAGUGCCUGAUCAAUAUGUUAUCAUUAUAAAUUUUUUCCAUCUUUUUUUUUAUGUGUAAAGAUUUGAUAUGCUUAGAAAUAUAAUUUAUGCAGAAACUAGAAAAUCAUGUAUAUAUUCUAAGAUAUUUGUGUAAAGGUGACUGUAAAUUACUCAAUUGUCAAGUGUGUAAAGUUUGUUUUUUAAUUAAAUUGAAUGUAUCAGUUUUGUGAAAUGAUAGAAAACUGUCACUAAUUGAAAGUGCUUGUCUGAUUCAGACUGUGCUGGUAAAUGUAAAUAUAUAGCACAAUAGAGAACAUUUAAAAUGUGAGACAUUUGAAAUGUGAGUAUUAUUAUUACAAAUAUGAAAGGGAGUCUUGGAAAUGAUUCUGGGCCUUGGUAUUUAUUUAUAGAUACAUCUACCUUUAAGAGUAUACAUAAAACGUUGUGUGUCUAUUGGUCAAAAUGACCUUAAACAUUUGCUUUAUAAGGGAAUGCUGCAUGUGGAUAAGCACAGAAUCUGUUUGUUUUAGCAAUAUCAUUGUUUAAUUUAAACCUAUUUAUUUUACAUUCAUUAGUGGGGACAGUUUUCAUGGCUUCAGUUCACUAUGCUAGUUGACUGCUUGCAGGUUUUGUGACCACUAGCUUUUUCUUUUACUGAAUCUUUGAGAUGCAGUGUUAAAGGUUCUUAUAAAUAUCUGGGCAUUAUUUAUUGUAAAUGGCGAAAUUUCUAGUACAUCUGUUGGCAUUGUUUUCUCCGUAACAUGUACAUACUGAAAGUCGGCACAGAUAAAUUCUGCUACUAGUGCUGUGUCUAAUACAGGGUUGCAAUAUCCAACUUAUUUAGGUUAUGAACUUGCUGUAUGCAUAUUUUGUUGAUUUACUAUUUGGAUUGAUCAGCUGAGUAUGUUCCAAAUUGAUCAUGGUAAGUGUAUAAACAUACAGAUGUAUAUGCCAGAAUUAUUCAUGCACAGCUUGGAAUACACAUUUAUUGUACAUAUGCAGUUUUCAAAUUUAAGCUUACCAGAGCCGAAGUCUCUGGUUGAACUAGAGGUGGUUGCUGUGACAUUUUCUUUAUUUUUCUAAUGGUGACUCUUCAACAACUACUUUAUGAAUAUUCAUCGAACUUGGUCAGUUUACCAUUCUCUGGAAAGCCCAAAGGUCAUGCUCAAAUGCACACAGGUCUGACUGUCAACAAAUCUACAGAUUAGAAAGUAAGACUCAUGAGCGACUUAGGCCUGCUUUUGUUUUUGAAUAGAAUACAGUGACAGGAUUUCAAAGUAAACUUAAAAAGUUACUUUAGGAUAAUGUUAUAUUUAGUGCAUAGUGCAUACUGUAAAAAGAUUUUUAAAGUUGUCUUUUCAGUUACACUUGUGGAUUUUAUAGACAGCAAAUGAUAGUUGAAUCAUGUUAUUUGGUGAUCUCUGCAAUAAAAAAUCAUAAAAUG